GAUAAUUGGUGGUGGCCAUUUCAUCAUUUUUAUACACAGAUCGGUUUGUUAUGUGCAAAUUUUGAAAGGUUCACAGAGAAUGUUUCUAUAGUAAAGCAGUGUCCUUGUGCUCUGGAGAUCUAUGUUCUAGUCCAUUCUGAUCCUGAAUUGGCUGAAUUCAAUUUAAAGCAUGCACUACUGAUAUUACCUGCAGCUAAAAGCCUUUUUCCUCUUUGGAGCACAAUGGGAAGUAUAAGAUACAGAGACUUUGUUAUGUUUAAAGUCAUUUUGAGGAAUAUUUAUGCUCUCCAUAUCAUGGUUUAUACAGAUAAGAACAUAAAGAUCAUAUAGCUUUUCUGUAUCCUCCUUCCCUUUUAGAACCUGCUGAACACAAUUACUGUUAUUUUUCCAAGUAUAAUGUAUUGUUACAUUCACGAAAACUGAGAUGAGAGAGAGAAUAGGAGUCCUGUCAGUGCUGUGUCAUCUCCACCCACCCUCUUAAUCUCAUAUUCGCUUUCUUUCUUUCUGACUGCUCCACUCUCUUGCUUCCUCGCACACACACAUAUUAACUCUCUACUGUUUACCUUUUCUUUAUUUGGAGAUGGUGCUUACAUUCUGGACAAGAUGACCAAUAUCACGUCCCCUUCAUCUUCCCACUGCCAGGGUCAUGUAGGUACAAAAGUGCUGGUGACCACAGUAUACUCCUUGUUUUCUGUAUCUGGCACUUUGGCUAAUGUCCUGGUCAUUUAUCUGGUCUGCUCUUUCAAGAAACUUAAGACAACUAGUAAUGCCUUCAUUGUGAAUGGUUGUGUUUCUGAUCUUCUAGUCUGUGCUUUCUGGAUGCCACAGGAAGUCAUUUUGCUUUCAACAGGUCGGGUUGAGAACCACGCUUACAGAGUCUUCAUGGAGGGUGUAUUUUUCCUUUGGAUGACUGUCUCCCUUCUCUCCCAUGCUCUCAUUGCUCUGAAUCGGUUUGUGAUGAUCACCAAACUGCCUACUGUUUACCACACAGUCUAUCAAAAGCGCAAUACAGAGUGGAUGAUCGCCAUGGCUUGGGUGCUACCACUGGCUUUUCUUCUCCCUUGGCUAUUUGGUCAGAGGCCCCGUGAGAUUUCACUCUCAUGUCCACAGCUACGACUCUAUGUGUUUUUGGGGCAAGAGGUUUCAGUUUCCAGUACCUACACAGCUAUUCUCUCUGCUGUCACUGUGUUGAGCCAGACAGCCAUUGUCCUUCACUGUUAUUUUCGUAUCUUUAGGAAAGUUCAGAUCAGUUUGAAGAGGGUAAGUGUCCUUAAUUUCCAAGUAGUGCACAACCUACCCUGCUCCUGCCCUCGUAAGGACAAACGAUUGGGUCUGUAUGUAUUGAUUGUAUGUUGCGUGUUUGCACUCACCACAGAGCCUUUUGCUUGGACAGUCCUGUAUGGCCUCUUCCAGCCCCUGCCCAGAACUUUGAUAACAGGAAGCUGGCUUCUGUUCUGCCUUCUUUUUGUGCUCAAUCCUUUCAUUUACACCUGGAAGAAUGAAGAGUUCAGACGAUCCUUUAGAGCUAUUGUAGGGGGUGAACUAUGGAAAAAUACAGCCAUCGCUGCUGAUCCAGCUGUUCAGACCAUUUCUCAAAAUGAACCAUAAGUGAAAUUCAUGCAACAGUUAGUUCUCUUAUCCUCUGCAUCUCAAAGCCACUAGACAGUAUCUCAAGGGAGCCUUUCCCUCGGAAAUCGAAGCAGAUUUUUGACUCUGUGUUGUGCUCAGGCUCUUCACUUUUGUAUUGAUGGUUUCCAUGGAAACCUUCUACAUGCAGCAUCCCCAUCUCCACAGGCUAGAAAAACGAGACCAUUGCUGUGAUCUGUAAAUGAUGCGACAAACAGCCGUAUAUGCACACAGAAAUGUACAGUGUAUUCAUUGGUACCAGGACACAUUUUGUACAGAAGUGACUGGAGUUAUAUUUGCAUCUAUUUUUAAA